AAUGUCGGAAUUCUCGCAAACCGCCGUAUUUCCAUCAUUGCCACGGGCUGCCAGAGGAGUUCCUGUUAUUCUGGGUAGCUCUCCAGCCGGCGAUAAAAUCCUUUAUUGCAAUGGGAAUUCGGUCUUCACAAUUCCCAUCGACAGCCUCAACUCUGCCGAUAUCUACACAGAGCAUGCUCACCAGACAACAGUCGCCAAAAUAUCUCCGACAGGCUUCUAUUGUGCUUCUGGCGAUACUCAGGGAAAUAUUCGGAUCUGGGAUACUACUCAAUCAACUCACAUUCUUAAACAUACCAUCCCAGUUUUCUCUGGACCAGUAAAAGACAUCGCAUGGGACAGUGAGAGCAAAAGAAUUGCGGCGGUCGGCGAAGGAAAGGAACGAUUCGGGCACGUAUUCCUUCUUGAUACUACAACAUCAAACGGAAGUUUGACAGGACAAAGUCGGACCAUGAACAGUGUGGAUUUUAAGCCAACGCGCCCGUUUCGUAUCAUUUCUGGAUCAGAUGAUAAUACCGUUGCUAUCUUCGAAGGCCCUCCAUUCAAGUUCAAGCAUACUUUUGACCACCACAAAAAGUUCGUUCAGUCUACCAGAUACAACAAUGAUGGCUCGCUCUUUGCCUCAACGGGAAGCGAUGGAACUGUCGUUUUGUACAAUGGAGUUGACGGAGAAAAAGUCGGAGUUCUCGAAGAUGCCAAGGGAGUCGCCCACACAGGAAGCAUAUUUGCUUUAGCCUGGUCUCCGGAUCAAUCAAGAAUUGCUACAGCUUCAGCUGACAAGUCUGUGAAAAUCUGGGAUGUUUCUGCAAGAAAGCUGGAGAGAACUAUUGUGAUGGGAUCGAAGAUCGAGGAUCAACAGCUUGGAAUUGUCUGGACAAAGAGUGCGCUGAUCACGGUAUCUGUCAGUGGAUUCCUGAAUUUCUUGAAUCCAGACGAUGGAAGCGUCGAAAAAAUUCGUCAGGGACAUAAUAAAGCGAUUACAGCUCUUUCGAAGAGCUCUGAUGGGAAAUUCUUGUUCAGUGCCGAUGCGGAAGGCCAUAUUACUACCUGGGAAAUUUCAAGCGGAACUUCUUCUCGAAAAUCUCCACAUACCACAAUGAUUACUGGUGCCCAGACGUCUUCCAAUGGCGACUUAUUCACUGUUGGUUGGGAUGAUCAAUUGAAGAUUACUGAUGGAUCCGGAGACACGAAAAGCUUCAAAUUGCCGUCUCAACCAUGUGGACUAGAAGUUUCUGAUGACUUGGCAAUUGUUGCAUGUUACAAGCACGUCGUCGUUCUGUCACGGGGAACGCCAACGGAAAAUCCAAUUGAAUUCCAUUCGACUUGUGUGGCGUUUUGUGCGGAGAAAAGUCUGGUGGCCGUUGGUGGAAAAGAUGCGAAGGUUCAUGUGUACAAACUGAAUGGAGAUGGACGGCUCGAGGAGUUGAAGAAGAUUGAGCACAGUGCGGAAAUCACCGCUGUCUCAUUUUCCGACGAUGGGGAAUAUCUAGCGGUCACUGAUUUGGCUCGAAAGGUGAUUCCCUACUCUGUCUCCACGGAUUUUUCCGUCACCUCUCCAAACUCGUGGACUUUCCAUACUUCGAAAGUACUGACAGUCGCAUGGUCCCCUGACAAUCAACGUCUUGCCACUGGCUCCAUCGACACCAGUGUCAUUAUCUGGGACAUGAAGAAGCCAGGCGAACAUCCGGUUAUUAUUAAAGGAGCCCAUCCAAUGUCAUCUGUGAAUGUGGUCCGCUGGCUCGAUGAGACUACGGUGGUGUCUGCUGGACAAGACUCGAACAUCAAAUUUUGGAAUGUUCCACUCUAGUUUUCAUGUUUAUAUGUUUAAAAUUGCAUAAUUUAUUUUUGAUUACCUAUUUUUCUGCCAAAAGAUGCACGUGAUUUAACAAUUUUUAUUUACAAUUCGAAUGAAAUUUCAAUGAAG